AUGCUGGUCGUUCAGAUGCCUUUCUCCUUUUCCACGGCCCCCUUCAUCCUCUUUGUCUUUACGGUUUCCACUAUAUUUCACAUUCAGCAGCGGCUAACGAAGUUUCAAGCCGUGUGGGAGUUACCGGUGCAGAUACCAGGACUGGCCUCAACAUCAAAGGCACCGCAACCCAGCCAGCUCAGGGGGAUGUGGACGAUCAAUGCUAUAGGCCGCCUGGGGAACCAGAUGGGUGAAUAUGCCACGCUGUAUGCCCUGGCCAAGAUGAACGGGCGGCCCGCCUUCAUCCCGGCCCAGAUGCACAGCACCCUGGCCCCCAUCUUCAAAAUCACCCUGCCGGUGCUGCACAGUGCCAUGGCCAGCAGGAUCCCCUGGCAGAACUACCACCUGAACGACUGGAUGGAGGAGAAGUACCGCCACAUCCCAGGGGAGUAUGUCCGCCUCACAGGCUACCCCUGCUCCUGGACCUUCUACCACCACCUCCGCCACGAGAUCCUCCAGGAGUUCACCCUGCACGACCACGUGCGUGAGGAGGCCCAGAAGUUCCUGCGGGGCCUGCAGGUGAACGGGAGCCGGCCGGGUACCUUUGUAGGGGUCCAUGUUCGCCGAGGGGACUAUGUCCACGUCAUGCCAAAAGUGUGGAAGGGGGUGGUGGCCGACCGGCAAUACCUACAGCAGGCCCUGGACAUGUUCCGAGCUCGCUACAGCUCCCCUAUCUUUGUGGUCACCAGUAAUGGCAUGGCCUGGUGUCGGGAGAACAUUGACACCUCCCAUGGUGAUGUGGUGUUUGCUGGCGAUGGCAUUGAGGGCUCACCUGCCAAAGAUUUUGCAGUACUCACACAGUGUAACCACACCAUCAUGACCAUCGGGACGUUCGGGAUCUGGGCCGCCUACCUCGCGGGCGGAGAUACCAUCUACCUGGCCAAUUACACCCUCCCCAACUCCCCUUUCCUCAAAGUCUUUAAACCAGAGGCAGCCUUCCUGCCAGAGUGGACGGGGAUCGCCGCAGACCUGUCCCCCUUACUCAAGCACUAA